AUGACUGUAAAAGUCUAUCCCAGCCUUUUGGUAUUAUUCCUGACCAAUACUGUGUGGACUCGGAAUGUGAGACAAGUCUAUGAUGCGAUGGAUUCAGAGGAUUGGUCUCGCUUCACCUUUGAGUGUCCACAAGAAUGCUUCUGUCCUCCCAGUUUCCCCAAUGCUUUAUACUGUGAUAACAAGGGACUUAAAGAAAUACCUGCAAUCCCAGCAAGGAUCUGGUACCUCUAUCUGCAGAACAACCUGAUUGAAACAAUUUCUGAGAAGCCUUUUGUGAAUGCCACUCAUCUGAAAUGGAUAAAUUUAAACAAGAAUAAAAUCACCAGCAAUGGAAUUGAAGAAGGUGUGCUCAGCAAACUGAAGCGUCUGCUUUACUUGUUUCUCGAAGAUAACGAGUUGGAAGAGGUGCCUGCUCCAUUACCGACAAGCUUAGAGCAACUGAGACUGGCUAGAAACAAAAUCUCCAGGAUCCCUGAAGGGGUCUUUAGCAACUUGGAAAACCUUACGAUGUUAGAUCUGCAUCAUAACAAGCUGUUGGAUAGUGCUCUCCAGAGUGACACCUUCCAGGGGCUCAACAAUCUCAUGCAACUCAACAUAGCUAAAAACUCCCUCAAGAAAAUGCCACUAAGCAUUCCAGCUAAUACAAUGCAGCUGUUUUUAGACAACAACUCUAUUGAAGUGAUCCCAGAGAACUACUUUAGUGCAAUACCCAAAGUGACUUUCCUUAGACUGAACUACAAUAAAUUAUCUGAUGAUGGCAUCCCCCCAAAUGUGUUUAAUGUUUCAUCUAUUCUAGACCUACAGCUGUCCCACAACCAACUCACUAAAAUUCCACUUUUCAAUGCUCAUCUUGAGCAUCUUCACCUUGAUCACAACAGGAUCAAAAGUGUCAAUGGCACUCUAAUGUGUCCCACCUCUAUUGCCAUAGAAGAUCACAGAUCCUAUGGUAAUAUGCCACGUCUCCGCUACCUCCGCCUGGAUGGAAAUGAAAUUCAGCCUCCUAUUCCAUUGGACAUCAUGAUAUGUUUCCGGCUUCUUCAGGCUGUUGUUAUUUGA